AUCAUAUCAUUCCUUACAUCCAAUGCCCAUCCCGAUAUGCUGCGUCAGACACCAAUUCUACCCCCAACUGUGGUAGAUCAAAUACGGCUUUGGGAGCUAGAGCGCGAACGAUUCCUCGCACAGGACGGUUGUCUCUACGAACAAUUCACCAAAAACACUGAUUUCGAAAUGGUUCGCGAUUAUGCCAAGAGUCGAAAUUAUCUCCUUUGGGAGUGUCCAGAGCGUCGGCUUAUGGUCGUAUCGAAAGCCGGUCAUGAAGAUGUUCGUGCAUUUUGGAAACAGAAACGCUCACCUUAA